AUGUUUCAACGAUUCAAUGACAACAAGUGUCUUAAAAAAAUUGUCGGUAAUUCCUUAACGAUGCUGUCUUCUUCAAAACCUCAAAGCAAUUUGUUUGAAAUUUCAACUGAAUGUAGUAGGACGAGUGGAAAGAUGAAAUUUGAAAAUAGAACAAAAAUUAUAAAAGCGACAGCUUUUACACUUUCUUCUUAA